GGAUUCAGGGCAGCAGUGUGAGGGGGAAACAGUGAGCGAAAGCGAGAGCAGUGUGUCAGCGGACAGACACUCCUCUGCUAUCAGAUAUUGUGGGAUAUUUUUUAAACCAGCUGAAGGACCAAGACGGGACUGAGCAUACUUACUCUUUAAGGUCUUAUUUUAAAGAGGAAGAAGUGUUUUGAAGACUGCAAAAGGAUAUCCAGCCUUAAGUUGAUUCCAUCUCUGCACAUCCCCGCUGUGAAGAUGGGUUAAUUUUCUCAACCUCUUAGCCAAUACAUUCAGCCCAUCAUCAUGUCUGAAGACUCCAAACCCUACCUUUUCUCCGCCCUGAAGGAGCAGGACCAGGCCACCGGCUGUAGUUCCAUGGCAUCGCUCCAUCGUAUCGGCGGCUUUGCAGAGGGUGGGGAGCUUGGUCUCGCCUCAGAAGGCAGCGACAGCAGCAGUCAAGACCAUUCUGCUUCACCUCAUAGUGACCAAAAGAUGGCGGAAUCCAUGCACGAGGAUGUGGAGAUAAAGAGCAGUGGAUCCAGUGGUAGUGGGACUGAAUCGCAUGGUAAUGAGUCGCAUGGCAAUGAAUCGCAUGGGAACGAAUCGACUGGAAGUUCCAAUGGCAACAGCAAAGACUCUGCCCUUCUGGAAUCGUCAGGGAGCAACAAAAGCUCAAACUCUCACAGUCCCUCUCCUCCAAGCAGCUCCAAUGCCUUCAGCCUGCUGAGUGCCAGUUCUGAACAGGACAACCCGUCCACCAGUGGCUGCAGUAGUGAAGAGUCUGCCAAGGCCAAGACACAGAAGGAGCUGAUCAAAACUCUCAAAGAACUGAAGCUCCAUUUGCCAGCGGAAAAGAGGAACAAGGGCAGCAAGUCCACAACUCUCAACACCCUGAAAUACGCUCUGCGCUGCGUUAAACAGGUUGAAGCCAAUGAAGAGUACUACCAGUUGCUUAUGAUCAAUGACAGCCAGCCAUCUGGCCUGGAUGUGUCGUCAUAUACAAUAGAUGAGAUCGACAGCAUCACAUCAGAAUACACCCUCAAAAAUACAGAUAUCUUUGCGGUGGCUGUGUCUCUGAUCACUGGGAAGAUCGUGUACAUCUCGGAUCAGGCAGCGUCCAUUCUCAACUGCAAGCGUGACGUGUUCAAGAACGCCAAGUUUGUGGAGUUCCUGACGCCGCAGGAUGUCAGCGUGUUCUACAGCUUCACCACUCCUUACAGGCUGCCUUCCUGGAGCAUGUGCACUGGAGCAGAAUCCUCACCCUCUGACUGCAUGCAGGAAAAGUCCUUCUUCUGUCGGAUCAGUGGUGGGAAGGAGUGUGAGGGAGAUCUGCAGUAUUAUCCGUUCCGAAUGACUCCCUACCGGAUGAAGGUUCAGGAUACAGUACACACUGAAGAUCAGUUCUGCUGCCUCCUGCUGGCUGAGAGAGUGCACUCCGGCUAUGAAGCUCCCAGGAUCCCCACUGACAAACGCAUCUUCACCACCACACACACACCCAACUGUGUGUUUCAGGAUGUGGAUGAGAGGGCUGUCCCAUUGCUAGGCUACCUACCACAGGAUCUUAUUGGUACACCUGUGCUCCUGCACCUGCAUCCGAAGGAUCGACCAAUCAUGCUUGGAAUUCAUAGGAAGAUCCUGCAGUAUGCCGGUCAGCCAUUUGACCACUCCUCCAUCCGGUUCUGUACACGGAAUGGAGAAUACAUCACAAUAGACACCAGCUGGUCCAGCUUUGUCAAUCCCUGGAGCCGCAAAGUGUCAUUCGUCAUCGGACGACACAAAGUUCGCAUGGGUCCAGUGAAUGAGGAUGUGUUUGCAGCUCCACCAACAGCAGAGGGGAAAGUUAUGGACUCAGACAUCCAGGAAAUCACUGAGCAGAUACAUCGGCUACUGCUACAGCCGGUACAUAACAACGGCUCGAGCGGCUACGGCAGCCUAGGCAGUAAUGAUCACCUGAUGAGCGUGGCGUCAUCCAGCGAGAGUAACGGUAACGGAACUCGCCCGCACUUCGAGGACGAGGAGAACAGCAGAGCCAAACCUAGAACCUUUCAGGAGAUCUGUAAGGGUGUUCACAUGCAGAAGAACCAGGAGCAGCAGACCAGAAAGGCUCCAGGCACAGAGUCACUCCAGAAGAGUCCGGCAGUUCGGCCCAAAGACUCUGCCUAUCCAACAACCUGGCGUGAGAAUGAGGAGGCGCAACAGGCUCCUGUACAGGAGGAGCUCACCUUUAAGGACCAGACUGUUUACUCCUACCAGCAGAUCAGCUGCCUGGACAGCGUCAUCAGGUAUCUGGAGAGCUGUAAUGUGCCUAUCACAGUGAAAAGAAAGUGCCAGUCGUCCUCCAACACCACGUCGUCUAAUUCGGACGAGGACAAGCAGAAAGCUGCUGAGCGAUCCAUGCAGGUGUCCGAAGACUCCAGUCAUCUGAAAUCGCAAGCAGGCCUCACGUCUCUGGAUGUGUCGAAGAAGCCAGGUGGUUCCGGUGUUGUGAGCACCUCCCUGACCCCGCUGGCUCUACCCAGUAAAGCCGAGAGUGUGGUGUCCAUCACCAGCCAGUGCAGCUACAGCAGCACCAUUGUACACGUGGGGGACAAGAAACCCCAGCCAGAGUCAGAGAUCAUCGAAGAUGGCCCUGGUGCUGGAGACACAGGAGAUGGUCCUGCUGUAGCUGUUACUCCUGCCACAGUUUCACCUCCCAGCCAGGAACGGGAGGCCUACAAGAAACUGGGCCUGACCAAGCAGGUGCUGGCAGCCCACACUCAGAACGAGGAGCAGGCCUUCCUCAACCGCUUCAGAGAGCUGAGGGGGGUUCACGCUUUCAAAGCAGACUGCUCCCAUUACCUGGAGAGGCAGAGGGGUCAGGUCACAUCUGAUGCUGUGCCCACUCGUGUUGCCAAGCAAGGAGGCGUCACGGAACCCGUCGCUCGCCGGGGGAGUCGCAACAAGAAGACCAAGUCCAAACGCAUCAAGCAGAAUGAGUCAUCCGACAGCACCAUCUCACACAGGAAGCAGCUGUCCAGGCAAGAGCUCCAGGGCCUGAACCAAACCUCCUGGUCUCCAUCAGAAACCUCGCAGUCCACCUACCCCAUGGCCUACCCAGCUGUAAUGCCUGCCUACCCGCUCCAGGUCUACCCAGGGACCAACACUAUGGCUCCCAGGGUGGAUGCCUCGCUCUCAGGAUUUGGGGGCAGCCAGUGCAGCCAGGACCCACGCUGCCCCAUCCAACCCAUCCAAGCCCCCUUUUCAGCCCCUCUGGUCACGCCCAUGGUGGCAUUGGUCCUGCCUAACUAUAUGUUCCCGCAAAUAGGCAGCACCCCCCGCCAACCAUUCUACCCUGAACAAGGAACCUUUGCUGCUCAGCCAUCAUUUCCCCCACAGACUGUUUUCCCUCCCCAGACCUCGUUUCAGCCACAGACGACCGUACAAUUUCCUGUACAGACUCAGUUCACCACGCAAAACCCUUUCCCCCCGCCCACGACCUUCCCCACCCAGCCCUUUCAGUUUCCUCUCCCAAACGAUCCUCCAAAGCCCAUGGAACCAGAGCUGAGGGAGGCGCAGUCACGGAGCUCCACCCCUCAGUCUAUGGGUGGGCGGGACCAACCGUCUCCGCCUCUUUUUCAGUCACGGUGCAGUUCGCCCCUGCAGCUCAACCUGCUGCAGCUGGAGGAGAGCCAACGGUCUAUGGAGAGACAGGACAGCUCGGCGCCCUCUACUGGAGCUCAGGGGAACACCAGCACUGCAGCAGAGAAGACUCUGGCCAAGACUGACAAGGAGCAGCGGUCGCUCAUUUUGCCUGGUCCAGUAGGGACCAAUUACGGGCCAGGUACUCUACUGGUCCUUCCCCUUCCAGGCCCCGAGUUGUUUGGGGACCAAGAGAAAGAUGGAGAGUUUUUUUCUUGGGACAGAUUUAUCUCUAAACUCAGAUGUCCCAGCGAAGAGGAUGAGGGCUCGACGGCUGACAGUCAUCACUGUGACGCUCUCUCAUCAUCCAGUGACAUGCUGGACAUCCUCCUGCUGGAGGACUCUCGCUCAGGGACAGGGUCCGCCACCUCCGGGUCCAUGGGCUCAGGUUCGAAUGGAUGUGGGACCUCAGCCUGCGGGACUUCUGCCAGCGGAGGGUCUGCAAGUGGAACAGGGAGCAGUCACACAAGCAAUAACAGCAGUAACUACUUCGGCAGUGUGGACUCUUCACAGAAGUCCCAUAAGGCCAACGGUGGUGUUUCAGGGUCCAUGGAGAUGGAGGAGAGCGAGAGCUUGAUAAAAUAUGAACUGCAGGAUCCUCUGUGGCUCCUCACAGCCAACGUAGACAAGACUGUUAUGAUGACGUACCAGCUGCCCUCUCGUGAUUUCCAGCGGGUGUUGCGUGAGGACCGUGAGAAACUGAGGCACAUGCAGAAGAGUCAGCCACGUUUUUCUGAGGAGCAGAAGAAGGAGCUGGCUGAGGUUCAUCCCUGGUUGAGGAGGGGAGGCCUGCCCAAAUCCAUAGAUGUCAAGGCAUGUGUCGGCUGUGAGGGAGUCACAGAGAUGCUUAUUGAAGAGGAGCUCCCAGACCUGCACAUGGGGGAGUCUGAACACAGCGAUGUCACAGUGCCCCCCUCAAACCACGAGCAGUGAAACAGACACAUUUCCAGGGUCCCUAUGUUUCAGUGUUGGGGAUUCCACUGUGUAUUCAGUUAGGUCCUCUAAACAAGAGUGUGUACGUACAUAUGGAAUGUGUGUGUGUGUGUGUGUGUUCAUAAAGCCUCCAUAAAUAUACGUAAAUUCAAAUGUGAGAUUUUAUCAGCUGUUUAAAGCUGUUUGCAGACUUUACGAAUGUUCCCUGUAUAUUCAUUUUCUGUUUCUUUGUUGUUAUAAUAACAUUUUAUUUUGUUAUUUUUUAUGACAUUCUUUUUUUUUUUUUUUUUUUAAUUGAUGUACAGAAUCAUUUCUUUUGCCAUGCGUCACAUUUUUUGGAACACUUUUUUUUUGUUAUUUUUUUCUUUCUUUCAUUUCUUACAGUUCUCCAGAGAGCAGGGGAGAUGUAGCUCACGUGUCAAAAGAGGGUCAAUGUAUUUUUUUUUUUUUUAAUUUGAAGAAGUCACAAAUAUACAGCACUGUGCAAAAGUUUUAAUUUUAAAUUCUAAUGAAAAGCACCUUAUUUGGGCAGUAUAUGUUUAUUUACAAGGUAUUUGUUUAUAAUAAUAUUAGAAUAAAUCCAAAUAACACUCAUACAAAAGCAGUGGUUUUAUGUAUUGUCACUGUAAAAAUAUUGUUCAUUUUCUGGGACAAUUUAUCAUCCAAAUAACAGUGUUUGGAAUCUAGCAUAAUUGGUAAAUCAGUGCUUAAUGAUGUCAUGAAAUUGAAAACAUCCAGCAUAGGGGUGUCUAGCUCAUAAGUCUGCUUUCUUUAAAAGAAAGAAAUUAUUGACGUUUUUAAGAGUAUUUUUAUUUAUCUGCAUAUGUUUUAAUGUGAAUUAGUAUUUCAAGAAGAGACAUUUUAUUUCUGAAAUAAAUGGCAACCUUUAAAUAUUGUGCUUAGGAGCCUUAAACUUCUGCACAGUUCUAUAUAUCCUUUUAUUUUUUUAAUGUGAAGCAAGAAAUGUAUAUAGAUUUUUUUAUAUCUGCUGAAUCUGGAGAAUUGUAUUUAUGUGGAGAGAUUAUUUAUCAGUCUGCAGUAAUAGGACAGGAGAAAAUGAGAGAAACAAAUGGGGACCAAGCUCCUGCGUUUACCUCUGUUUACUCUGUUACACGUGCAAUGAAAAGAAUAUAAUAUAUGUUUUAUAAUAUGUAAGUUAUUUUAUAUCAUAUUUUUUUGGAAAAUUACACUCUUAAAAUAAAGAUGCUAUUAAGAAUUAUUUGAGUAAUGCCAUGGUAAAACCAUAUUGGUUCUGUAACAAAGACUUUGCGGUACUUUCACAUUAAAAUGUUACGGUCCUUUACCAGUUUAAAGCAGCAUUAUGAGAAAACUGAUGUGUCUUGUGAAUUUGCGUUAGUUUCAGCUACCAUUAAAGAAGGACACACUUUACACAUGCAUUUUUGGACAAGCCGGGGGACACAGAACAGUCACUGAAAGUGAGAGAAGCGUGUGAACUGAGCACUGAGAAAUAUUACUGGAUUUUACACGAAUAUGACUCAGUGCUCAGUUUUGCCAAGCACUGUCCUUUACCAGAGUAGCAGCAUCAGAAUGAUUUGAAGCUGAAAAUAUUACAUAAUGCUGCUUUAAAGGCCUUCAGUCUGAAACAUGUAUAGUUCUUCUGUAGCAUCACUCAAAGAACAAUUUGAAGCUCCUUUAUUUUAAUAGUGUACGGUACGAAGCUCUGAAGGCCUUGCUGGCUUGUGGAUGAGACAAUCUUUGACUUUGGUGUUCAGUUAAAGAUAAAGUUAAAGUUUUAAUUUAAAAGAAACAGCACUUAAAUGCUGCCUUAAGAGGUUUUUUUCUUUGUAGAAAAGUGUGUUUGAGUUUUAACUGUAAUUUCUACAUUUCCUCUUUCCUCUGUGCUAUCGUUCAGCCGAGUUGGGCUGGAGCCUGACGUCUGAGAGCUGAGACACUAGGGGGAUGGGGGGGAUUUAUUGGGGGAAAUUAAUUUUAUUUUAGUCUUAAUAAGGCUGCAGGUAGAAAAGAGCACACUCUAAAUGUCACAAUUGAACGUGUUUACUGUACAAUAAAUGUUGUACGUGUUAUAAUGACAUUUCUUUGAAAUAAAGUUUUGUUUUAUAGAAAUAAA